AUGACCACGCAGACCGCCCGUGAUGCUGGUUACGUCGCGCUCGAGGCCCAAGAUGCAAGGGUAGACGAGAAUGCGGACUCGACUUCGCAACCGUUAUUGGCCUCCAGAGUAAACUACCGCCGACAGGUUGAACAGGGAGGGUCUUUGGAUAUCCAUGAAGAUGGAACGUAUACCUAUUCGUAUGGUCCGACGGGAAUAGCAGGCCUCAAACAUAAUUAUUACACCCUGCUCUGCGCGUUCUUUGCUUCUAUUGGGGGAUUGGAAUUUGGCUACGACCAAGGAGUGAUUGCGAAUGUUUUGGUUAUGGAAGACUUUGUUCGUCGGUGGCCAAUUACACCGCUGCAGAAGGGGAUUAUGACUGCUGUUCUUGAGCUGGGAGCUCUAAUUGGCGCCCUGUCCGCCGGUUUUCUCGCCGACCGUUAUUCAAGACGACAUGCAAUCGUCGUUGCAUGCGUCGUUUUCAUCAUCGGAUCGGCCUUCCAAGCAGGAGCAAUCGAUCUCUCUCAUCUCUUCAUUGGCCGUGCAGUCGGCGGUAUCGGGGUUGGCGCAUUGAGUAUGCUAUCCCCGCUCUACAUGGCAGAAAUCAGCCCUCCAGAAGUGAGAGGCUCCCUCCUUGCUCUUGAGCAGCUAUCCAUCGUUCUGGGCGUCGUGUUUGGAUUUUGGACCGGCUUCGCCACUCGCUCGAUACCUGGGUCUGCGUCUUGGCGCAUUCCGUUGGCGAUUCAAAUCGGACCUGGUAUAAUCCUUGCUUUGGGAUGCCUGUUCCUUCCACCUUCACCUCGCUGGCUUAUUGAACUGCUCGAAAUGCGUGCCGAGACUGAACUUACCAUCCGAACAACUGGACAGGACCCUUCCAAGUCUGGGUUCCUAACAGAAGUCAAAGCGUGGAGACAACUUUUCAGCGCUGAGUACAGACCGAGGACCUGGAUCGGCGUCAUGAUUAUGUUCUUCCAGCAAUGGAGUGGAAUCAACGCGCUUUUGUAUUACGGACCGACACUCGUCGAAAGUAUCGGUUUCAAGGGCGACACUGUUACGCUUGCUGUGUCGGGCGGUAUUGGCAUCGUGCAGUUCCUGGCUGUACUGCCGGCCAUCGUCAUCAUAGACAAGAUAGUAUCCCCUAAUGCGAUCUUAUUUCAGGGCGAAAACCUUUGCUUCGAUCAUAGAUGGAAGCGUGGUGAUGACUUUGUCACACUUUUUCAUUUCGCUUCUGUGAAAUAUCGAGUGAUCCUUCUUGUCGCCCGGGAUAAUCAGACUACUGAUCCAAUGGACGGCCCUUCAAUGGACGACAUUUUACUGAGUUCUAAAAGGUACCUUUUGGUGAUGACACAGGUUGUGACGUUCGAAGAUGACUGGGCGGCACACAGGGCAGCCGCCUGGUCUGCAGUAGCGUUCGACCACAGAGGAAUCUACAUGUUCACCGCUGCGUAUGGGGUCUCCUUUGGACCCAUUGGUUGGGUCCUUCCGAUUUUGAUUGGGCUCCUCACACCCGUCUUCGUCAGCUGGUCUCCUUCAGGGACGUUCAUGACCUUUGCAACGGCGUGUUUUGUGGCCUAUCUUUGGGCGACCUACGUCGUCCCUGAGACGGCGAAUGUUUCGCUGGAGGAAAUGGAUGAAGUCUUCAACUCUACAGCGGGGAAGGCGGACAGCCAUCUCAAGCAGGAGAUUGAGGAGGACCUGGGGCUUCGUUCGCUCAUUCGGGAUUUGGCAGAGGACCGAUAG